GUAAUCGUAACGGAAGCGGCGCAGCCUGGCCGUCUGACCCGCACUGAAUGAGAACGCACUGAUUUCGACCCCAAAAUGUUGAAGUUUCUGCCCAAACUGCUGCUGCUGCUGCUGCUGGCCUUCCCGGCCACUCUGCUCGUCAAAGGGCCGGUGGCGAGUGCCCAGGAUCUGACUGAGGAUGAGGAGGCCGAGGCUGUGGACGAAGAUGUCGUGGACGACGUGACGGCUGAGGACGAAGACGACGAGGCUGAAGUGGAGGACGAUGACAAUGCAGAACUGACGGAAGAAAAAGAAGAUGAAGAGGAGGAAGCGUUGGUCGGAGAGGUGAAGGCUUCCCCCAACGCUGACACCACCAUCCUGUUUGUCAAAGGAGAAGACUUCCCGGCCAACAACAUCGUCAAGUUCCUGCUCGGCUUCACCAACAAGGGAUCUGAGAACUUCAUCGUGGAGUCUCUGGAUGCUUCUUUCCGUUACCCACAGGAUUACCAGUUCUACAUCCAGAACUUCACGGCUCUGCAGCUCGGCACCGUGGUUCCUCCCAGCCGACAGGCCACCUUUGAAUAUUCCUUCAUCCCCGCCGAGCCCAUGGGAGGGCGGCCGUUCGGACUCGUCAUCAACCUCAACUACAAAGACGGCAGCGGAAACGUCUUCCAGGAUGCCGUGUUCAACCAGACCGUCACCAUCACUGAGAAAGAAGACGGACUUGACGGAGAGACGAUCUUCAUGUACGUCUUCCUGUCCGGCCUCGGGCUGCUCGUCGUCGUAGGUCUUCACCAGCUGCUGGAGUCCAGAAAGAGGAGGCGUCCAGCUCCGAAGGUGGAAAUGGGAACCUCGAGCCACAACGACGUGGACCUGAGCUGGAUCCCUCAGGAAACGCUCAACCAGAUCAACAAAGCAUCUCCCAGAAGAUCUCCCCGCAAAAGGAGCCAGAAACGCUCGGCCGGCUCAGACGAGUGACGGCCGCCCGGCACCGCGGCGACAAGACUUCACCCAUCCGUCGGCGCCAGAGGAGGAGGAUUCGGGCGGCCAGCUCCAUCCCGAGGCCCCCUCUGCUGAGAAACUGUAACCAGUGCCAAGCGCAGCGACGGCCGGCUCUCUACUUUCAAAACUGUUGACCACACUCACAAUCCACAGCCCCUUUUUGUUUAUCGAUUUACUGUCACGAGAGAGAGAAGUGGAAAGGAUCGUCCUUUAACAGGCGUGUUGGGUUUAGAAGGCGUGUAAGGACAUUUUUCCUCUAAAGGUUGUUGGGUUUCCUUAAAGAUUUCUUUGUUUUUCAAAGCCUCGGUAAGAUAACUGCUGACAUUAUCAUUGUGAGACAGUAUUGAUUGUCUUUGUGUUUCUUACUUCCCCACUCUGGUGCAGGGCUGAAACAGUGAUCAACCUACGGAACAUUUUUAUCAUUGAUUAAUUGUCAUUUUUACAACUCCAAAUUUUCCACUCAUCUUGGGCCUUUUGAAUUUAUAUUCUAAUGAGUUUUGGCAGUUUUUUGCUGAAUAACACUGCUCAGUUGCAGCCUUGCUCUGGUGUGUAACGGAGCUACGAUUACGGUAACAAAUGCAGUUUUUGAUUUGAGUUUUUGGAUGUUUUUUUUUUUUUUUGGUGUAGUUUUGCAUUUGUAGAUUCUGCCUGCACAUUUUGGGAUUAUGUUGAGAUUUUGUAGAUCAUGUCCGCUCCCUUCCUGCUGCCCUGACCUUCACUCGUUUCCCUCCGCAGAUCUUGAGGGAAUUUUUUGUUUUAGUCUGGUCUGAUCAGUUAUAACAGAUUGGCAAGAAAAAACAAAAACCUCAAGAGCUCAGUGCCGUCCUUCUGUUAGACUGUCGCAGUGUGAAGAUGUUGUAAAGACUUUUUGAGCCCACAUGUCAGAGUGUUGAUGUUAGAUUUGGGGAGGUUUUUUUGGAAAUAAAGCAUCAAAGACAACAGAUUAUGCUGUAAAGUCUGGAAGAGCAGCUUCGACGGCAUCAUGAUGAAAAAGUCUGUGAUUUCUCGUUUGAUUUAAAUGUGUUCAAACGUAUAUAAAGCGGCGUAAUCACAGGCGUGGUGCUGACUGGACUCGUCCAUAACUGCGUCACAACGUGCUUUAACCUCCAGAUGUGCGGAUGUGAAAGCGGGUGGGUCGGCAGACGUCUAAAGCCUCGACACGUGCCUGUUUUCUAUCUUUGUAAAUUUGUUUGGCUUCUCUCAGCUCGUUCAGAAUCAAGAAGAAGUAAUUUACAGAGUCUGUUUGUUUUUUUGUUGAACUGGCUGAAGCACUGGUGUAAAUAAUGGCUGAGAGCAAAACUACCGAGCUAAUUUAUUCAGGGGACACAUUGGGCUUGAAUUGGGGGGGUUUGUAUACUGUACUACUUUUCUUUUACCACUAGGGGGGACUCGAGCGUCCAGUAAAGUGGACCACAAAGUCGAUUCAGCAUCCACAGAGAACUGAGCUGAUGUUGAGUUUGUUCCUUUUUCUUUGGGGCUCUGGUCGGGAUACAUACAGGCUUCUACUUUUAUUUGCUUUUUAAAUGUGCAGGAAAAUAAACUUUGAUGAUUUGCUGUAGA